AAGCGACAUAUGGAUUUCGAAUCGAGUUCAUUGGCUGGCCUACUUCUGGUCAGAUAUAAAACUAAUUUCAAUCAGCAGCUGGAGACACUUAACCAGCCCUCGCCCCAACAUGAAGUUGAUCAUCCUGGUCGUUUUUUUGGCCCUUUUUGGUCUAUCGAAAUCACAGAACUGUAACAAUGAUUGCUCGAGAAUCGGAAUUAAUUACCUUUGCGGGAAAACUGUGAGGAAUGGCAGGGAAAUUCGCUGCACCUACAGGAAUCCUUGCGAAAUGCAUUUGCAUGCCUGCCAAAAACGGGAGGAGUGGAGAAAAGAUACAACAGGUCGAUGCACACGCGACUCGGAGGAAUGCAGACGGUAGGGGGAAAAUUACCAGGCGCAGGAGAAGCAGCUGAAUAUUUUUAAGAAUUCUCUGAAAACUUUUGUGGAAUUAAAUUUCAAUGCGAACUUGGCAAAAAGCGCG